AUGAUUCAAAGAGUCUCAAUUUCUAUAUCACCUCAUAGUGAUGCUCUUCCAUCGCUACAUGGGUCUGAACAAGAUAAUGAACAAGGCCAACAGCAUCGGAGACAUAGACCUUUCCAUAGCCAAGAUUUAGGAGUACCUCUGCAACGAGGAGAAGGACCGGUCGUACAUUUCGCGGGGGACAAUGGCUGUUCUUCGGAGAUUGCCGUAUCGGUUAAGAAUGGGAACUUCUACUGGGACAGGGAGGAGGAGAACAACGCCAUCAUCGGCAAGAUCACCUUCAGUCUCAGGGACAUAAGCCUCAGCGUCAGGAAGGGAGAGUUCGCCAUUUUCAUCGGAAAAUUCGGUUCGGGAAAGUCCUCGGUCAUCAACGCCCUCCUCGGGGAAAUGAACAGCGAGUCCUCGAACAUAACCCUCAACGGAUCGAUAGCCUACGCCAACCAGGUGCCCUGGGUCAUCAACGACACGGUCAGGAACAACAUCCUCUUCGGCCGGCCCUACGACGAGAACAAAUAUCGGGAAACCCUUCACUUCUCACAUCUGGAGGCGGACCUACUGCUCUUCGCGAAUGGGGACAGCACAGUCAUCGGAGAGAGGGGGUCGACGCUGUCGGGCGGGCAGCGGGCCAGGAUCUCCCUCGCGAGAACACUUUACAGCGAAGCCGAUAUAUAUAUACUUGACGACGUCCUGAGUGCACUGGAUGCCCACGUCAGUUCCUUCAUCUUCCAGUAG